AUGGCAUGGGUUGAGGACCAGUAUAUGCAAUUCGCAGCGAUGAAAACAAACAAUGAUCCAGCAUGGCUCGAAGUUCGCGAUCAACAUCUAUCAUACCAAGGGGCCAAAGAACUUGCAGAAGCACUGAAAGUAAAUUCAACAUUAAAAAGUCUUGAUCUUGGAAAUAACAGUAUAUCGAAAGAAGGAGCCAACGCAAUUGCAGGGUCAUUGAAGGUAAACACAACAAUAACAACUGUUAAUAUUGGAAAUAACAAUAUGUCUGAUGAAGGGGCCAACGCAAUUGCAGCAGCACUGAAAGUAAAUUCAACAUUAACAACUCUUAAUAUUAAAAGAAACGGUAUAUCGGAUGAAGGGGCCAAAGCAAUUGCAGGAGCACUGAAAGUAAAUUCAACAUUAACAACUCUUAAUAUUGAAAGCAAUGGUAUAUCGAAUGAAGGGGCCAAAGCAAUUGCAGACGCAUUGACAGUAAAUUCAACGAUAACAAGUCUGUAUAUUGGAGAUAAUGAUAUAUCGGGUGAAGGGGCCAAAGCAAUUGGAGAAGCACUGAAAGUAAUUCAACUUUAA